CCGUCGUUCUCCUGCGUGUCUGCCUCCUCCCAUCCUCUUCGCCCCGGCUCCAUCGCCGGCCAUGGCACAUGGAGUCAGCGGCGAGGCGUGUCCUUGUCCCCAGCGGAGACCACUUCAGGGACGCGGUGCAGUCGCGGGACGCGUCUCCGCCGAGAAGCCUGAGCGCUGAGCUCUACCGAUCAGCAGGCAGAGGGUUCUGAAUUCUGAUGGAUCAGUGUCGCCCGGAACGCGUUCGACAGAAUGCCCCAACCAAAACGUGGGUAUCUAUCCACCGGCCUGCCGGGAAAUUGCGGUGACGAAAGAGCCUGCUGCCCGCCGACAACGACACUGUGAUGUACUGGCCAAAUCUUGUCGAUGGAAGAAGACCAAUGCAUUCAUCCCACCGGCACAUGCUCGGUCUUGAAAGGGACAAGGACGGCGCUUAGUGGGUCUGCUACAAACAAUAGUAAUAUUCAAGCUUCCUGUAAGGUUACUUUAGAAAUAUAUGCACACUGCACACCACAGGAUUGGUUUGGAAGUGUCCACUAACCAAAGAUAUAAACGUUCCGUGGCCCUCAUAGCAUACUCAUGAGUCAUCACCCAACAACUCCAUUACUCAAGCAAAGGUUUGUAUAGCCAGCUCCAUCUAGGCAACCAUGUUAGAGGGUGUAAUCUGGUUGCUAAUCCUGAAGCUUGGGGAUGCCCUGGCAAAUGAAGCAGCUGUUCUAGGGAGGUCGUUUCUCGUCGAAGCAUCUGCUCUGCAAGGCCUGUUUGGUGAGAUACGGAAAAUGAAGGAGGAGCUGGAGAGCAUGCAGGCCUUCUUCCGAACUGUCGAGCGGUUCAAGGAUGCAGACGAGACAACGGUUGCAUUCGUGAAGCAGAUCAGGGGCCUUGCCUUUAACAUCGAGGAUGUUAUUGACGAGUUCACCUUCAAGCUGGGGGAGGACCAUGAGGGGAUGUUUCUGCUUAAAGCAAUUAGGAGGGUCAGACAGAUCAAGACAUGGUACCGGCUAGCCAACAAUUUGCGUGAUAUCAAAGCCAACCUCAAGAGUGCUGCAGAGAGAAGGCGCAGGUAUGACCUCAAGGGUGUUGAGAGGGAUGCAAAACUGACAAGAAUAGGCAGCUUAAGCAUUAGACCUGCAGAGUCUGUACAUUUUAAAAGGGCAGAUGAUCUUGUGGGGAUUGCGGAGAACAGAGACUUGCUGAAGAAAUGGAUGAAAGAUGAGGAGCAGCGACACAUGAUCAUCACUGUUUGGGGCAUGGGAGGUGUUGGUAAGACAACACUUGUUGCGCAUGUCUACAACGCCAUCAAGACUGACUUUGACACCUGUGCUUGGAUCACCGUGUCUCAUAGCUAUGAGGCUAAUGAUCUGCUAAGACAGAUUGUUGAAGAGUUCCGGAAGAAUGACAGGAAGAAGGAAUUUCCGAAGGAUGUUGAUGUCACAGAUUACAGAAGCCUAGUGGAGACAAUCCGCCGUUACCUAGAGAAGAAAAGGUAUGUUCUUGUCCUAGAUGAUGUUUGGAGUGUGAAUGUUUGGUUUGACAGCAAAGAUGCAUUUUUUGGUGGCAAACUUGGUCGGAUAAUUUUCACAUCAAGGAUAUAUGAGGUCGCACUGCUUGCUUCUGAAGCCCAGAUGAUUAACCUGCAACCCUUGCAAAAUCACUAUGCAUGGGAUCUGUUCUGUAAAGAGGCAUUUUGGAAGAAUGAAAACAGAGACUGUCCACCAGAAUUGCAAUAUUGGGCAAACAAGUUUGUGGAGAAAUGCAAUGGCUUGCCGAUCGCUAUUGUGUGCAUUGGGCGUCUCCUGUCAUUCAAGAGCGCAACUUUUCUGGAGUGGGAGAAUGUAUACAAAACUCUUGAGCUUCAAUUUACAAACAAUUGCAUCCUGGAUAUGAACAUAAUCCUGAAGGUUAGUUUGGAAGACUUACCACACAACAUGAAGAACUGCUUUCUUUACUGCUGCAUGUUCCCAGAGAAUCAUGUGAUGCAAAGGAAGUGGCUGGUACGGCUUUGGGUCGCAGAAGGAUUUAUUGAGGCUAGUGAGCAUAAAACACUGGAGGAGGUCGCAGAGGAUUACCUGACCGAACUCAUCAAUCGGUGUCUGCUGGUGGAGGUUAAGAGGAAUGAAUCAGGAUAUGUUGAUGAUUUCCAGAUGCAUGACAUCCUUCGUGUGUUGGCCCUCUCCAAGGCACGCGAAGAGAAUUUUUGCAUAGUCCUCGAUUACUCAAGGACUAAUCUUAUUGGGAAAGCACGCCGUUUAUCAAUCCAAAGAGGGGAUAUUGCACACCUUGCAGAGUCUGUGCCACAUCUCCGCUCCUUGCUUAUUUUCCAGAAUUCGCUGACUUUUGGCUCACUCCGUUCAUUCUCAAGGUCUGUUCAGUUAAUGUCUGUCUUGAACCUGCAAGAUAGUUCAAUUGAGUCUCUGCCAAAUGAGGUGUUUGACUUGUUCAACCUGCGUUAUCUGGGCCUUAGACGGACUAAAAUUGCUAAUAUCUCACGGCUGAUUGGAAGGCUACAGAAUCUGCUUGUGUUGGAUGCUUGGAAAAGCCAAAUCACCAACCUUCCAGUGGAAAUCACAAGGCUCACUAAGUUGACCCAUCUUAUUGUCACCGUGAAGCCACAGAUACCGGCUAUGCAGUUCAUUCCUUCUAUUGGCGUGCCAGCACCUAUUGGCAUGUGGUCUUUGGCAAGCCUGCAGACAUUAUUGCUGGUGGAAUCCAGCUCUGAAAUGGUCCGUUACCUUGGAGCUCUGGUUCGGUUGAGAUCAUUCCGCAUCAGUAGAGUCCAAGGUCGCCAUUGUGAAAAGCUCUUCAUGGCCAUCACCAAUAUGGUCCAUCUCACCCGGCUCGGGAUCCAUGCGGAUGAUGACCAGGAGGUUCUGCAGCUCGACGCACUCAACCCUCCUCCGUUACUCCAGAAGCUUUUCCUGCUAGGGACGUUAGAGAAAGAGUCACUGCCCCGGUUCUUCUUAUCGAUUAGCAAACUGAAAAGCCUCACCAUCCUACGGCUCGUCUGGUCAAAGCUCGAGGAGGACAUGUUCUGCUACCUCGAGGAGCUGCAGCAGCUGGUGAAGCUUCAGCUUUAUGAUGCAUUUGAUGGCAACAGGAUGCACUUCCGAGCAACGUCGUUUCAGAAGCUUCGGGUGCUGAAGAUCUGGGGAGCUCCACGUCUCAGCCAGAUGACGAUAAGAAGUGGGGCGAUGCCCAGCUUGGUUGAUCUGAAGCUCCUGCUCUGUCCGGAGUUGAAGUCGUUGCCGUGCGGGAUCGAACACGUGACCACGCUUGAAGAGCUGACCUUGGAUUCUACAGCGGAAGAGCUUGUGGACAGGGUUCGCCGGAAGAAAGAGGACAACAUAUCUCAUGUUCAGAGAGUUUACGUCGGUUUCGUCAGGAACCGCGAGCUCGCUGCAGAGAGGAUUCAGUAGUAGAUGCAGCUCCAUCUAGGCCAGUUAUUGUUUUUUCUCUACUCUAAGUCAGCUGAUGUAACUUGAAUCCUUCUGUUUCUAUCCACACCGUGGCCUUAUUUUUGUGCACUUUGAAGUCUUCUUGUAUCAAUGUAACGUGUUGUGCUGUCAUACAUAUGAUUGAACCAAAGUUAUAUCAUUCUCAA